UGCAUAUAUGUUUCUAUGUGUAUGCUAGUAAAACAUCAGCAUUUGAAUAUAACAGUAUACUACCCAAACGCACUCCUCCGAUAACUGUGUGUUUUCUAUACACAUAUUUAUGGCUACCUUCACAUAUAUAAAUACAAACGCAUACAUGUUGAUACAAUACUGUAAACAUACACACUUGUAUUAGCACAUAUAUCUUCACUUGCGCAGACAUAACAUUUAUACACGUAUACAUACGCUUAUAUGCGUAUACAGUUACAUUAUUUUACAAAUUUUUAUACAAUCUUACAUAAUCAUAAAUAUGCACACAAUUUUCAAACAUACAUAAAUAAACACACAUGAAUUUUAUCUUAAAUAGAUCAACAGAUAGAUAUAGCUAGCGAUACAUACAUAUAUAUACAGUUGUACUCACGUGUGCACGCACGCACACACACAUACACAAACACAGACACACACACACACACACACACACACAUUUCGCUCAGUGUCACUGCACAUACAAUCUUUCACACACACACAUGCAUUGGAAAAUUCAUUGACCAUUUCAGUGUGUUGCUUGCCACUACAUGUGAUGAAAGACUCAAAUAGUAACCUCAUGAACUCUGACCUGCCACCACUUACCCUGGCCAAUGAAAAAGAUGUCCCUCGUAGCAACCACACGCAAAACGAUGAAGUGAGACCUGUCACCAGUCACCAUUUGUUCAAUGUGAUGCCUGGAAAAAAUGGUACUGUCAGGAAUUCAGCUGGGAUUGAUUCCAUAAAAAGUUUUGAUGGGCCCCCAAACUUUGGAAACAAUGUCCCAUAUACAGAGCCAGAAAAUGGAGAUAUGUUUAAUGAAGAGGUUUUCUCAAGCCAUCUGACUUUACUUGAUCUCAGCUCCAAAAUGCUGACCAAUAUUCCUAACAGUGUGAUGUCUCUAAACAACCUUGUGCACUUGUACUUGGCGAAUAACAAACUCUGCCAGCUGCCAGACCAUUUCUUCAAUCACUUCCCAGCACUACAGUGGCUUGACCUUCGCUACAACAACCUCACUUCACUCCCUGGUCGAGAUAUUGACAAGUGUUACAGCUUGCAUUGUCUACUGCUGGAAGGUAACAACAUAAUAGAACUACCAAUAGAGUUAGGUUAUGUCCAUACAUUGCAUGGACUUAAUGUCAGAGACAAUCCCUUGGAGAUGCCCCCAGAACAUAUUGUAGAGCAAGGAGUUGAAGAAAUACUGAAAUACUUAAGGGAGAAAUAUCAAGAGCAAACACAAGCUUCCAAGCAAUCCGGGGAAGCUGUGGAAGAAACUGCCUUGAAAAUUGGUGUUGAAGAUGAUUGUAAGGAGCAGAAGGAGGAGGAGAAUGUCAAGUCAAAGAGUAGGGUCCAUGAGAUUGGUCUCAAAGAGCAGCACCAACAACAAGAGUACCAGCAGCAGCAGCAACAACAACAACAACACCGACGACAACAACAACAACAACAACAACAGCAGCAGCAGCAGCGACAAGAUCUGCAGCAGCAGCAGCAGCAGUCAUUUCAUCAGAGUGACCUGAAAGAGGAGAUGAAUGCCAAUAUGGAGCAGAAUUCAGAGUUACAAAGUCAGAAUUUUCCAAAGAAACAUCAGAAAGAUAUGAAGAAAUUUCUAGAAUAUGAAUCACAAAUAUUGGCACGUCAAAAGAAUGCAAAAAUAGAACACAUUUUACAGAAGAGGAAAGAUGAAGACUCACUGAAAAAAUUCAGACAGGAGACUAAACACAAGCAAGAAAUGUUAACAGCUUCCGAGAAUGAAAUCCCCAAUAUCACAGGUGAUGCCCCGUUUGGAGUUUAUGGGGAAUACAUGAAAAUGAUGUCCCGUGAAGAAGCUAAUAAGGAACCAGUAUUGACUCAGCCACUUCCAAAGCUGGUCCCACUUGAAAUUAAAAAGCUGAUAUCUAAAGAGAAAUCGGAGAAGAUUUUGGAACUGGAGAAUAAAAUUAGGUCCCAUUAUAUCAGGAUGCAUGAGAGACGUAAAAAACCAAAAGGGACAAUUGCUGAAGAGGUGGCAGCUACGAAAGAAUACAUGAAUAUCGCAAUAAAUCUACAGCUUGAACUUGAAGAGCAGCGCCAGAAUCUAGAGUACCGUUUUAAAGCAUUCACUGCUGACACAUGAGUUAUCUAUACCCGUUACUGAUAUAUUUAAAAGUUUUUGAAAAGUAUAUUGAUAAGCUUAAGAUUGUUUCUCACUUGUUUGAAGAAUUGUUAUCCAAUUCAAAUAUAAAACAAAAACUCUUAUAUUUAAAUUUAAAUAAAAAAUGUAUUAAAAGAUAUGAACAUAUUUUAAUGAUAUUAAAAGUGUAUUGAUAAAAA